AUAAUCAAAUACCGAAUGCCUAGGCAUGUUAGCAGACCGAACCAUUGCGAUGACAGCAGGCUGAAGCAGAGAACAAACUACUCAGUGGAAAUUGGAAUGAUGGCGCUCAGACGAGCUUUGCAUUUUGUGUUUAAAGUAGGAGACAGAAACAAAACUGCCAUCUUUUACAGAGAUGUGCUGGGUAUGAAGAUUUUACGACAUGAGGAAUUUGAAGAGGGUUGCAAAGCAACAUGCAAUGGGCCGUAUGAUGGAAAAUGGAGUAAAACAAUGGUGGGUUUUGGGCCAGAGGAUGAGCAUUUUGUUGCAGAACUAACAUACAAUUAUGGUGUAGGAGAAUACAAACUUGGGAAUGACUUUUUGGGCUUCACCAUACAGUCAAGUCAGGCUAUCGGCAACGCCAAGAGGUUAGGCUGGCCUAUGACUUUGGUUGGCGAGGCACUUUACAUGACAGAAGCUCCUGGAGGAUAUCGCUUCUACCUUCUGGACAAAGAGCAGCCAGUGGGAGACCCAGUACAGAAAGUCUCCUUGGCUGUGUCUGACUUGCAACGUUCUAUACAUUACUGGUCCUCACUGCUGGGGAUGAAAGUGAUGGAGAAAAGUGAGGAGAUGAAAAGUGUGCUGAUGGGAUUUUCAGACAGUCAGUGUAAACUGGAGCUACGAGACAUCGGCGCUCCUGUGGAUCAUGGAACUGCUUUUGGAAGGAUUGCAUUCUCCUGCCCACGAGAAGAGUUACCUGAUAUUGAGGCACUGAUAAAGAAGGAACAGCAAAAGAUUUUGACACCACUUGUCAGCUUGGACACUCCUGGAAAGGCGACUGUAGAAGUGGUCAUUCUGGCUGAUCCUGAUGGGCAUGAGAUCUGCUUUGUGGGUGAUGAAGCGUUCCACCAGCUCUCUGCUUUUGACCCCAAUGGAAAUGCAUUGCUUGAUAAGGCCAUGGCUGCCGAUAAAAGUGAUGAAUGGUUUGCUAAACACAACAAGCAGAAGGCAUCAGUGUAACAUCUUUCAUUGUUGUAACUGCUUGUUUCAUUUAACUUGCAAUGUUAUUGUUGAUCUGAUUAAAACCACACAUCCCAUAGAGAGGAAACUGCGGGGGGAAAAGUAUUACUUCCUGAACCCAUAUAAUAAUUCUUUUUUUCUCAUGUCUCUUUCUGCUCAUUAUUGUUGAUAUGUUGAUAACUUGACGAUUAAAUAUUCUAUAGCCACCUGUA